AUGUCGGACAGGGCAAGGAAAGAAGUCACACCUCCGCCUUUGCUUCUAAUGCCGGCCGGAGGAGGUUUGACACUCACACCACCUGAUCAGCCCAAUUUAUUGAUGCCUAUUGUGCAAUCUGUACCACCUUUGUUAGAUCCAGGUCAGAGAAAACCAGAGGAAGCUGAAGCAGACAGCUUUGUUGGACAGUCAUCAGUGCCCUCACUACAAACUAAAAAGAAUGUGUCACCCCUGCAGACAAGUUAUUUUCAGUCACCUUCGAGUGCUGGCCAUGAUCCCUUUGCUCAGGUGACCACAGGUCAACAGCCACCUUCAAUUGCACCAACGUUUAUAUCAAACCAGACAGCCACAAACAUCGGAAAUGGAACACCUCCUGUACCUAAUGUGGCUUCUUUUACCUCUUUACCUCCUUCAUCUGGUGCAGGUGCUUCCAGUAACAUUUACCGCCAUCAAGGUGGACGGCCCCAGUAUGUUGCACCACCUACAAGCUUUCAGCCACCAGCCACAAACUAUUCACCUUUUCCUGCUGCCAGCUCACAGCCUCCAACUGCGAUGGUACCACCCAUGACUUCAUCUGCCCUGCCAAAUAUCCCACCAGUUAGUUAUGCGCCGCAACACCAGCAGCGCAGCCUUCCACCGCAGACAGUGCAGGACGGUUCUGCUCAAUACACUGGUGGUUUGUAUUACCAGCCAAUCAGGUACCACUGGUGCUAUCAGCAGAACCAGGGGGAUGUGGAAAUUUGGCGGCCAUUUUCUGUGCUGGACAGUAUGAAUUUGGAAGUGGCGUUUAACACACGCUUGCAAGAAUCUCCCAGUAAUACCAUUGUUCAGACAAAUGGUGGGCGUUACGAUGUAAAUGUGGGCCUCCGUGUACGAACACCUAUUUAUUGGACUGACUCUCCUGUACCUGUUCGGCGCUGUUCCUGGUUCUUCAAGAGAGAAGGAGAUAACAGGUACAUCCCAUAUGACGAGACAUUUUCUGCGCAACUGGAGAAUGAAUACAAAAAAGCCAUGGAGACUGGUGGGUGGCAUCGUCGACUGGAGUUUCCUGGAGAUGUGGUUAUUGUCAUGCACAAUCCUAAUGUGAUUGUCCAGUUCCCUGCAUCAGCAACCCCUGAUGAAUGGGGAAAUGUGCAGGGUGAUCAGAUGCGACCAAGAGUAGUGAAGAGAGGUGUGGAAGACUUUGCAACCAUUGAACAAGGUGAACGAGAAGAAGUUGAUCAUCUUGUGUUCGUUGUGCCAGGAAUUGAAGACAUGUUUAAUAACAAAGGAAAGUCAGUUGAGGCUUUAGUUGAUGACCUCCGCAGCAAUACCCUGCUGCUGCUAAACUCACAUUUCCCUCAGGCUUUUCAGUCACAUGCUGUCAACAGAGUAGAAUUCCUGCCUGUUGUUUGGACUCAAGCACUGCAGGAUGGCACUGUGGGAUUAAAAGAGCAGAUAGGACUUGUAACACUCCCCAGUACUUCCAAGCUGCGCCAUUUUAUCAACAACACUCUGAUAGACACACUGUUUUACACCAGCCCACUUUUCUGUCAGAAAAUCUGUGAUACAGUCGGCAAUGAAAUGAACAGAAUGUUUCACAUUUUCUUGGAACGGAAUGGAUCGUUUAGUGGUGAUGUCUCUGUCAUAGGUCACAGUUUGGGCUCUCUGAUAUUGUUUGACAUACUGCUGAACCAGAGGCGUCCCGGGGAAUUGCUCAACAAUGGAGACAUGAAUCCGCCCGAACAG